AUGGCUCUUGCGAACUCUGUAAACCUGGUCUAUAAUUUUAUUACCAUGGAAAUGAACAUCUGUCUUUAUUGUGAGAAGCGUCUUGACGAUGACAACCUCAGCUUUUGUUCUGGAGCUUGUCAGGAAAACGAGGCAUCAAAGAGCACGUUCGCACAUCACGCCUAUCGCACAUCCUCCGAACGCCACUGUCCGACGCCAUCUUUUAGACUAUCUUACAAGAGACGCCUUGGGUACAAUUCUCUUGGCAAGAAAUCAAACCGUUGCUCCUUGUCGAUGCACAACACACCCUUUCUAGCGUCGUCGUCGUCAUCAUCAUCUUCCUCCUCAUCCUCCUCAUCUUCAUCCACCGACUCAGUCCUGUCCGUGUGUUCGUGCGACGAUAAGCAUGACUCACCUUUCCUUGUCUACCCGUCCUAUGCUGGUUCUAUGGACAAUGUCGACAAUCUAUUCUUUGCAUCAUAG